AUGUCUACAUAUCACCCUAGUUUUGGCUCUUCAGGAGGAGGGAUUGGAAGUGUUUUCAAAUCCAUCACUAAAUCAUUUAAACAAUCAUCUUCUACCAAACGAGUCCCCGUUACUAUCAAUCCAACAGUUGUAGGAGGUGGACAAGAUUUACAAAAUCUUAUUGAUCAAUUACAAACAUCAUCAUCAUCAAGUGUUAAAUUACAAGCCAUUAAAAAAUUAAUUGAAUCAAUUCAAAAUUAUCUGAUAUCAUCGGUUCCGGAAAUAUGGUACGUUGCUCGUAAUAAUUGUGAUAUUAAAAUUAUAAAACAUUCACGAGAUCUUCGACGAGCAACAUUAGAAUUAUUAAAUGCAUGUAUAGAAAAAGAUGAUUUAACAUCGGUAGGGACUAGAAUACGAUAUUUUAAUGAUAUUUUUAAAAAUUGUAUGUUUCAAGAUAAUAAUAACAAUAACAAGUUUGAUCCUGAUUUUGAUUUAUUUUUGAAAGCUUUAUUAGUGUUAACUGGUGAAGGUAGAGAUAUUCAUGAUUUUAUAAUCUAUGAAGAUAGAAAUAAUUUAUAUAUUUUCUUGGAGAAUUGUUUAACUGCUGCGGUUGAACUACUGGCAUUAUACAAGUUUCAAACUGACACUAAAGAUAUUGAAAUCAAAGAGAAUGAUAAGAAAUUUGCUAAUAUAUAUGGAGUCAUUGAAUUUACAAGAAAUUGUAUCAAAUUCAAUUAUACUGUUUUCAGCGAGGGUAUGAUGAUUUGGAUAAUUAAUAAAAUUAUUGAAACUAAAUCUGAUAAUAAAUUAAUAUUAUUAGCCAUUAUCGAUAUUAUCAACUCAUUAUCAAUAUAUGGCCAAGCUCCCAAACAAUGUAUACCACAAAUGAUUAAGUUUUUGGCAACGAUUUAUGGACUGAGUUUAGAUAAUAGUCUCAGUUUAUCAGUAUGGAAUUGUGUUAAGAAUCUUUGUCAUGAUCAUAAUUAUCGUGACAUUAUAAAUUCAUUAUGUGACAAUAUUCAUAGCUCCGAUAUAAAUCUUUACAAAAUUGAUGUUGUUGAAGGAAUAAAACCAGUGUAUGCAUGUACUGGAUCAAUAAAAUUGAUAAGAAAUUUCCAAGUUCAAUCAGGUUUAUCAAGGAAUGAAAAUAUUUUUGAAAUUCUGCAAGUUCAAAUAUUAAAUUCAUUUAAAAUGGCAUUAAAUUUUGGGAUAAAUAUUAUAAAUUCAGUUUUUUUGGAUUGUAUUGAUAGAUUAUUAGCUAAAGAUUCGUAUUUGGAUAAUUUUGGAGUUUCAUUUAAUGAUUCAAUUGAUAAAAUAUUUCCAUUUCAAUUAUGGUAUUCAUCAUCUAAUUCAAUGUAUGAUAUUUUCAAUUUAUUAAAAGUGGAAACUGAACAAGACAAAAGUUGUUUCCAAAGUAUAUGUAUAUCAUUACAAUCAUUAUAUGAAAGUCAAGAAUUGUUUACUCCAAAAGAUAAAUUGAUCAAUUUUUUCACAAAUUAUAUUGAAUAUUUACCACUUAAUACUGUUAUAUUUGUUUUACAAUAUUAUUCAGAUAGUAAAAUGUGCAGUUUACUUAAUCCGUUUUGGCGAGAAAAUUCUAUGAAAUUAUUAAAUCAUUUUUAUUUACCUAGUGAUAUUGAUGUGACAGUGAAAAUGAGGUGUAUUCAAGUCAUAUUGGAUGCUUAUAACACUUCAGUUGCAAUAUUUAACGAUAAUGAUAUCAAAUAUGAAAUUAUUCUAGAAAUAGCGAAAAGGUCAUUACGUGAAACAAAUGAAGAGUUGUUAAGGUAUUUGAUUAAUAACUUAUUUGGUGUUGUUUUUUUGAAAUGUCCCAAUCCUGUAUUUAUUCAAUUAAUGACUGUUUUUCUUCCCUUAUUUCAACCUCAAAUACCACCACCACCAAAAUCCCUGCAUCUGGUUUUUGAAGGUCUGAUCACUCUGAGUUUUGUAACUUCGACACGUGUACUGGGAACCGUUCAAGAACAUGGAAGUAUCGAAUUCACCGAAGCUAUAACUAAAUUAUUAUGUACAACAUUUAUUAAGGCAACUCCGGAAAGAGCUCAAGAAUGUUAUAAUUUUUUGAUACAAAUAGCCAAUUUAUCAAAACAUAAUUGUAAUAUAUUAUUGAUAAUUGCUAAAUGUUUAGUUCGAAUUAGAACUACUACAGAAAACUACAUUUAUUUCACUCAACCUAGUGAUAUGGCAGGUUUAGCAUUAGCAUUCCGUCGAGAUAAUUCAACCACAUGUUCUGGUAAUACAAAUGUACUGUGGGUAUACCCGGAAACAGUAGAUUAUUUACCUGAAGAAUUGUUUGAUUCCCCCAAUAGAAGCUUAUUAUUAUCAAGAGUUGAUAAUGGAAAUGUUGAUGAUUUGGGAAGUGAUAAAUAUUAUAUUGAUAUUCAAAAGUGGCUUCAAUUAGUUUUAUUUAUAAUGGAUCAAUAUAUUGAUUGGGAAAUAUAUUCAUAUGUUUGGGCCCAUUUUGUUAGUCAAUUAUCCAAUACUCAAUUAUUUUAUGAUUGUGAUUUAGAAAUUAAUGAACUUCGUAAAAUCAUAUGCUAUCAAUUAACAUUGAAUUUACCCACCAAUAUUAAAUUACCUCAUAAAACAACACCAACAACAACAACAACAACAACAACAGCAGCAACAACAAAUGUGAACAUUGAAGUGACAAAGGCAGAUUUACAAGUUGUUUUCGUUAGAAGUUUAUCUUCACUUACAGGAUAUUUCAAUAAAUUCACUAAACCAGAUCAAGAUCAAAUAGUUAAUAGUUUAAUAUUUGGAUUAGGAUCUUGGGAUAAAACUGCUGUUCCAUGUAUUAAUAUUUUGACGGUUUGUUGUUAUGAAAUUCCAUUAUCAAUUAAAAAAUAUUUGAAUUCAAUUUUAACAAAAUUACAAACAAGAAUAACUAGUGCUAAUGCUGCUGCUCAUUCACUUGAAUUUUUAAUAUCAUUAUCACAACUUCCUAAUUUAACAACUAAUUUUACUAUUGAAGAUUUUAAACAAGGAUUUGGAAUUGCAUUUAAAUAUAUUCAAUAUGCCAUAGAUUUAGAAAAAAGAUCACACCAACAACAACAACAACAACAACAAGGACAUCUGCAGCUGGCGCAAAUAAUUCAACAACAUGGAGUUGAUGCUGAUGUUGAAGAAACUCCACUGACACAACAACAAACAAUUACUCCAAUUCUUUCCGAGUAUAUAUUAAUGUUAUCGUAUCAUAUUAUUGCCAGUUGGUUUGUUACAUUAAGAAUGAGUGAUCGAGUUGAAUUACAACAAUUUAUUAUUAAGAAUUUGAAAUUAUGCAGUGAAAUUAAUGAAAAUUUACAAGAUCAAACAAUUGGAUUUCUUGAUUUUAUUAAAAAAUUUACAUCGAGUGAUUUACCAUUAGAAAUGAGAUUACCUGGGAAUAAUAACAACAAACGUAGUAGUAGUAGUACUACUACUACUAAUACUAGUAUAUGUAAUAGAUGGAUGGUUGAUAAUUUGGUGGUAUCGAUUGAAACAGAACCAUUUAGUGGAGAUACUGAAUUAAUAAUUCGUAAACCCACGGGGAUUUCUAAAUUUAAUAUUACUUUAGAUCAUCCUUCUUCAUUGAACAAUACAUCACCCAUGGUAUUACCAAAUUAUUUUUUACUGCAAUUAGUUGAAAGUAAUACCGAUCCCAUCCUUAUACCGGAUGAUGUGAAUACUAAUAGAGCAAUAUCGGUAUUAGAUCGAAUUCCUAGUGUUGAAUUCCAUAAAAUUGGGAUAAUUUAUAUUGGUAAAAAUCAAAUCACUGAAAAUGAAGUUUUGAAUAAUAAAAUUGGAUCAAUUGAUUAUCAAAAAUUUUUGAGUAAUAUUGGUGAUUUAAUUAAAUUACAAGGAUGUAAAAGGAUUUAUACUGGUGGAUUAGAUACAGAGAAUAAUAUUGAUGGAGAAUUUACAAGGUAUUGGCGAGGAAAAUAUAUUCAAAUUAUAUUCCAUGUUGCCACUAUGAUGAAUAAUAAUGAACAAAUUUUGGGAGAAAAUCAAAAUGAUGAAUUAAGUGAUAUGGAUAUUCAACGAAUGAUAGAUUUGAAAAAAAGACAUAUUGGUAAUAAUCAUGUUAAUAUAUUUUUUGAUGAAUCCGGUCAUGAAUUUAAUUUUAAUUUAAUUAAAAGUCAAUUCAAUUUCCUAAGUAUUGUUAUUACUCCUCAUACUUAUUUUCAAGAUUACUAUAACAACAACUUACCAGUUUCUUCUACAGAAGAUAAAAAACAGCAGUUGUCGGAAAAAUAUUUCAAAGUGAAAAUGUAUCGACGUGGUGGUGUACCUUCAUUUUGUGGGAUAUCUCAUUUUAAAUUAAUUAGUGAAAAAGAAUUACCAGUAUUCAUAAGAUCAACAAGUUUAUUAGCAAGUAUAUUUGCAAAUGUUUGGCAUGGUAGUAAAAAUGUUUGGUCUCAAAGAGUUAAACAAUUGAAACUUAUAUCGUCAUAUACGUUGCCCCAACUGAAUUCAACAACGGCGGGGGCCGUAUAA